GGUCUUGGUAGACUAGAGCUUGUCGGAUGCUGAAACUCUGCAGAACAAUUUCAGAACAAGAACCUUAAGGACAAGCAAUACUUUUGAACAUCAGAAAUUGUCAUCAAACAUGGAUAAUUCUGGAAACAAGUCAGGCCAUUUUCAAUGGACACUCUUGGACCCUGAGAAUAACACUGAAGAACCAAUGAAGUUAGCCGUUACAUUACAUCGAAUUCUACUUCCGGUCAUUGUUCUUUUCGGGCUUAUCGGUAACAUCAUUUCUGCGCUCGUCUUCACCACCACCAAACUGAAGAAGAUGUCUUCCUCUCUUUAUCUGGCAGUCCUCGCUAUUUCUGACUCAGGGUUUCUCCUUUGUGUCUUGAUGCUUUGGAUUGACACUUUGAACGUCGCCGUUUUUGAUCGUCCAUUUGUGUGCCAAUCACUUGUGUAUUUAACCUUCGUUUUCAGUUUUUUGUCAGUUUGGAUUGUAAACAUACUCACACUCGAAAUGUACAUGCUAACAUUCUAUCUUUCAACUCGAACUUUACGUUUACUGAACCGAAACCUUGCAAAGUUUGUUAUAUUCUGUUUAACGGUAUUUGCUAUGGUACUGUAUGUACACAAUUUAUGGACAGUGGAAGUGUAUAAAAUCGAACAUGGAAAAUCAAUCUGCGUAGAAAGUAGUGCCCAUAUUGUCUUGAUUAUUUCAUUCAUUGAUUCUCUGUUGACAUCAGUUGUACCUAUGGUGAUGAUGUUUGUUAUGACGUCACGAAUACUUUGGGCAACCAUAAAUGAUAACAAGAAAGAAACUAUCGUACAAUUACAAUUCGCUAAAGGGGCAAGUCCAACUGUUGGGACAAAAAUUGUGUACAAGAAGAUCGAUGAUAAAUGCUUAAAUCAAAACGACCAAAAUCCGGAGAAGAACUCAUUUGAAAAUUGCAACUCGCGGAAGAUUCUCAGAACGAGGUCAAGCAGUCAGGCACUCUGUGCAUACAGAAAACUCCGGAACAUGCUAAUUGCAAUUUUCGUUGUUUUCUUUUUUCUAAAUUUACCCCAGCAUGUAAACAAACUUCAAUCUCAGGUUAGGUCUCUUGUACAGGAGGGGUACGUAGUUACUCAGAAAGAAAUGGCAGUGACCCAUUUACUGGAUUUGCUGUUCUAUCUAAAUUUUUCCAUAAAUUUCCUCGUCUACUGUGGAUUCACGAAGCAGUUUAGAAACCAUAUAUUUGCUAUUCCAAUUCACUCCAUUUGUGCUCUGAAAAUUUUCAGCAAAAUUUGGAAAACUAACGUUUCACGAAAGAAUAUGUCUCAAGCACGCUAA